GAAUAAAUAACCCUCAACCGUUUGUCCAUCGUUAGAAUUACAAACAGCUUCACUGUACUUGAACUUGAAUACCAAUACCCGCACAACGUGCAAUAUAGUUAUACCAUUGUUUUGCACUAUCCAUUCGUCAACAGUAAUUGCAAUCGCGCACAUGCUAGACAGUGUAAAGAUAAAUUCUACUUCUAUAUUAAACGUAUUACUAUUCUAUUGUAUCGGAGAUAUAUUUGUUGCUGAAUGUUAUGUUAUGCGGAGACUAAAUGUAAGUUAUUAAGUGCUACUUAUCGACAUGCCAAUUAACCGAAAUAUAAUUCACAGCUUCGAGCUAACUUUCGAGUCAAAAAUCGGGUUUGCUUCGGAGAAUCCGAAUCUUCUGCAACAAAUUCUCGAAGAUUUACCCUUUGAACCAUGUCGCGAAGGUCAGACAUUCGCCAGACGAGGUCUCAGGCGAGGGCUUUGCGGGAACAGCAAAUUAACCUCCAAGGCGGCAUGGAACAAUCGACCCAUUCAUCAGCAGAAAAUCGCAACGUGGCGGCAGCCACUGUACGAGCAGAUGCCUUUGACUGCGGUAAAUGUGAUCGGCUAAACAAUGCCGAGCCAAUGAUAUCGUGCCAAGAUUGUCGAGUGUACUAUCAUCUUUCGUGUGCCAAUGCGACUGCUGAAACGGUUCAAGGGAGACCGUUCGUGUGUUCGUCUUGUGCCCGACUGCCAUUUCUCCCCCCAGCGCGAUCAAUGUCCGGUCGUUGGAGUUCGUCCAGUGCACGACAAGCUCGUAUAGCCCGUGAGCUACAGCGGCUGGAGGAGGAGAGGCAAUUGGAGGAAGAAAUCCAACGGGAACAGAUCGAACAGGAAAAAUCGCUGGCAGAAAGAUCUAGGAGGGAAAAGCUUGAGCGACAGCGGCAGUUCAUUGCGCGAAAGUAUGACCUGCUGAGCCAAGCGGACGCCGACGAAGAUGAUGGGAGCAAUUCUGGCAGCGACAAUCGGAAUAGCAGAGUUGAAAGCUGGGUAAGAGCGCAAGGCGCAGCAGUGGCCGGUCCUUCCGAGGUCGUAGUAAAUGUUACGGAUUCCAUUCAGCGACCGUCUGAUUCAUCCGCCGGUAACAUUCCCGCCGUAAACUUGCAAUCAACCCCGCUGACCCAGAAGAAAGCAACUGGUGCAAAUACCAAUCAUGCGCCGAGCCUAGCGGACCAGCUAGCUGCGGCCAUCGAUGUCGAGACCACUGGCAGCAUAACGAUCGGAGACACGGUCGACGAUGAGGAAGAAGGCGCAGUCGGUAUCGACGGGACGUUGUCUCGACGCAGCGCUUACCACCCGAUUUCACCGGUGAACACUCGGAUGUACGACCAAGUUUUGGAGGAGCCAAACCCAGUCAAACCGACAACUGGGGCAGUGCCGAAGGUAGUACGAAGCACAACGUUAUUUGAGAGGUGGCGGUCAGAAACCGCAAGCCUACGAAAGUGUACGGAUCUGGAGUCGGAGCAUAGGAAGGAGAACGAUCUUCGACGGAAGCGCGAAUUGGAGCUUACCAACCAACUGAAGCAGAUGGAGAUCCAGCGGCGAGAUGAACAGCAAAUCCGACGAGCGAUGGAAGAAGAAUUUCAGCAGCGGGAGCGUGACCAAGCGCUGAUAGAAGAACGGAAGCAACGGGAGUUGGCCGCAGUUCAGGACGAAUUGCAUCGACUGCGGGAAAUCGAACAGCAGUUUCUGAAGCAAAGGGAACAGCAGCCAACCAGUGUACGUAUUGUUUGUCUAUUUCGUUGCCACCGCGCCGUCGACGCCUCCGCAAGUCCAACUGACGGGACGAGCUGUGGUGUCAGUGAUACACGUUAA